UUUGAGCACUUGCACCAGCCCUGAUCACAUGCUAUCCAGCGAGCAGAUUACAAGAAGAGCAGUAGCCUCCAUUUAUACACCCUUUGAAAAGAAACAGAGGUGGGAAACCCACAAAGGUCUCCAGUGUGGGGUUGCAACCAGGACCAUGUGUGCAGAGCUGUUAAGUAAAUUAGUUACCCUGGCGUUGGUACUUGCAAGCUUUGAUCCAGUUUUGGGCACAGAAGCCACCAAUCCGCCGGAAGGUCCCCAAGAGAGAGCCCCUCAACAAAAAGGGCGGCUGUCUUUGCAAAAUACAGCUGAAAUCCAGCACUGCCUGGUUAAUGCUGGCGAUGUGGGAUGUGGAGUGUUUGAAUGCUUUGAAAACAACUCUUGUGAGAUCCGAGGCUUACAUGAGAUCUGCAUGACUUUCCUACACAACGCUGGAAAAUUUGAUGCCCAGGGAAAAUCCUUCAUUAAAGAUGCUCUGAAAUGUAAGGCUCACGCCCUGAGACACAAAUUCAGCUGCAUCAGUCGCAAGUGCCCUGCCAUUAAAGACAUGGUGUUCCAGUUACAGCGGGAGUGCUACCUGAAACACAACCUCUGCUCUGCCGCCAAGGAGAAUGUCCAAGUCAUUGUGGAUAUGAUUCACUUCAAAGACCUGCUGCAGCAUGAGCCAUAUGUCGACCUGGUGAACAUCCUGCUCACAUGCGGGGACGAAGUGAAAAAGGCUAUCACCAGAAGCAUCCAGACCCAGUGUGAACAGAACUGGGGAAGCCUCUGCUCCAUCCUGAGCUUCUGCACCUCAGUCGUGCACAGCGACUCCACACUAGGUCCUGAGAGGAAGCCAGGUGAAGCCACCAAAGCCUCUACCAGCCGUGGGGACAUACUAGUCCACCCUGAGUCUGACCACAGGGAGAGCUCACGAGCUGCCAAGGGGGAGAGAGGUGGCAGGGCUCACUUGAACACCCACCCCCGGGUUAAAGCUGGAGCUCACAGCCCCAAAGGGGCACACGGGAUCAUUGAGCGGGCAGAAGAACUGUCCGACUUCUCCGACAUCCGAAGGUGAAAGGAGGCACCAGCUCAACCCUCCCCCUCCACCAAAACUUCCUCCAUUGAGUCCAUCUUCUUAGCUAUGGACAUUCCAAAACCUUUACCAUUCAGAGGGGUGAUGUCAAGCACAGGGCAUUGUGGGAUAUGUGGACUUCAGUGAUAGUGUAUAGAUUAGUAGAGGGAGAGCAGUGGUUCUGGGUUAUUGAUUGUCUCCAGAGAAUUGGAUACUCACAUAACCAAUGGGUGAGACAAAAAUGUUAACCCCCCCCCCCCCCUUUUAAAAACAACAGAACAAGUGGAUAUUGUUUUCAAUUUGCUUUUCUUUUGGUUGGGGAAAAGGGUGUGGGGAGGGUUCAGCCAGCUUUUAUUUUGGCCAUUCACAGCUCACAGCUCCACUAUGCUUAUGGGGCAGUCUCCAAGCAGAUGGCAGAAUUCCAAAAGAGAUCUUCUCUGCCCAUGGCUGUGACUGUAAGAGUUCAAAGUGGGCUGCUGUGACACUGUAAUGAAAUAAAUGUCCAGUUUAUUGCACGGGGAGAUUGCUGUUUUGAGCUAUGUCAUUUUCUCAUAAGUCCUGAGCCAUUGUUCCUUUCUGGGUGACACUAUCUGACGUAAAUGCCCCCUUGUAUGUAUUUUAACCACUGCUUAACUUUAUUUUAUUUAUCCAGUUACUCCAAGAUGUCAAUGGCCUAAAUAGCCAGCUUUGUGACCUGCUUAGCAUCAGAAUGAGCACAUUUUCCACAGACCUCCAAAGUCCCCAGGCAUGUCCUCUUUCAGAACCUGUGGCUGUGCUCACAGAGGAGCAUUUGCUGCAGCAGCCUCCCCACUUGUGGGCAACCCAAAAUGUGGGGCUUAGGCACAAACAGUUGAUGUGUCCUUAAGCUUUGCGGGCUUAGGGAGUAUUUUGGAGGCCUGUUGAAGAUCUAUCCCUUCUAUUGUCUUUGGAAGCAGCAUUAUGGAGUUUGCAGGGCUGUAGAGACUCAGUGUUCUAAAUCUGGCCACAGGCCAUGGUUUAUCAAAGUGCCAAAAAUGACUAUGGGAUAGUGAGAGACGGUUAACUUUUUUUUUAAAACUAGCACACUGGGUAGUGACCUCCAAACCCUACAGAGUGAGAGUGAAAUGCAGAGUGAUAAGAUGGGUUUGGAGAGCUUAAUCUUCCUGAGUGAUUUAAAGUUGGGGUGAGAUGCUAGGGUGCAUCCUUUCUUAUCCCCAUAUGCAAAUGUGGCCCUCAAGUUGCACUGCUGCAACCACGUAUCCUAGGAUGUUAUUCUUAAAACAUUGGUUAUCGUAUGCAAAGGCAGAGUGGGGUGGGAACUUUAGUAACCUCUGUUGGGGAAGGAUGAUCUUUCUUGCAAGACAGUAUCACAGCAAGGAUCUGAGCACUGGCCUUUUGCUUCAGGAGGCCUGGAGUCAAAUCGCCAGUGGUGGGAAGGCAGUUUGGUACAGACUGAAUUAACACAGGGAACUGACCUAUGUCUUUGUCACUUGGGCCUUGUCUUCACUUACCGGAGGGUCCGGCGGCACGCAAUCAAUGUUCUGGGAUCGAUUUAUCGCGUCUGGUUAAGACGCGAUAAAUCGAUCCCGGAAGUGCUCACAGUCGGCGCCGGUACUCCAGCUCGCUGAGAGGAGUACGCGGCAUCGACUGGGGGAGACUUCCUGCCGCGUCUGGACCGCGGUAAGUUCGGACUAAGGUACUUCGAAUUCAGCUACGUUAUUAACGUAGCUGAAUUUGCGUACCUUAGUCCGAAGUGGGGACUUAGUGGGGACCAGGCCUAAGUGGGAGUGGAGGUGAUUAGCACCACAAGGGAUUUAGCCAUAACUCCCACUGAGUCAAAUUCUGCUUCUGGAUAUGUGUAUGCGGCUUCCAGUAUCUUCAGUGGGAGACUUGUGCAUAUAUCCCUUAGCAGAAUCUUGGGCAUUACUUUUAAUAGAAGACUUGUGGGUAAAUCUCCUUGGUUCGGAGGGAGCAAAGAACAACCAUUAACCUGAAGAGUUACACCGUUAUGCAGCCAUCAACCUCUUGAUCAAAAAAGACCCCGAUCCUACUCCCAUUGAAAUCUCUGCCAAAACUCUCAAAUGACCUCGGGGAAUCUAGGAUCAGGCCAAGAGUCCUUGAGGAGUGGGCAAGUUCCUUCUAGUAUGUGGACAAGAUGACCGAUUCAGUCAUGGCAAUGGUGGCCUGUGGCUCGUACACACAGAGGGUGCAACUCAGAGGGACUGUAGUUCCCUAGCUAAUGUCAAUGCACAUACACCGCUUCCAGUGGUUUGCUUUGAAGGAUACCCUCCCUACCCCAAAACAAAGUGUCUUGCUGCUGGUGAUGCAAUAGGAAAGUCUCUGGUCUCCCUCACUGUGAACUCCUCAUGAGCAUCCCACUGCCCCAUGAUGACACAGAGGCAUAGUAAAGGACAAGCUCAAACCAAAAAGAGAACCAAACCAUGACAGCGAAAAGGACUUGCUACCAAGUUAAUAUUCUUGCCUAACUCCAUUGAGGUCUCUCUCUCUCUCUCUCUCUCUCUGUCAUUAAAGGUCUGAUUCAUCUAUGAGAACCAAACAUAUAGCGAUAUAUAUAUAUACACUCUUGAAUGUCUUAGUCAACAUAUCACCUCAGCAUGCAUACAGUUCAUUUUAUUCAUUCAUUCUGCAUGGGGAAAAGUAUAUAUUCCUCCAUCUCGUUAAUUCAAUGAACAUUUCUUUAUUGUUUCAAGGGGGCAGGGGAUUUUGUAUAUGGCAUAACAUUUUUUUCCUCUGUGUGUGAAGAUUUUCUGUGUUCAUCUACUGAUUCCACAUAUGCUAUUAUUGUAAAUAUUUAACAUUUCUAUUUAUUAUAGUGUCUCCAUUUAAAAACCAAACACUGCUGGCUAUGGUAAUUUAAACGUGUGUCAUGACCUGUGUUGUAUAUAUUCAUGCCACUAGUAGGUUUUUGUUGUUGUUUAAAGCAACGUAAAUAUAAUUUUAUACAGUUCCAUAAUGUUAUUGACAGCACAAAUCAUUUAUUUAUUGUUAAACCUUCUUUCAUGUCUAACAAGUAGGGUAUGUUUACCUGAGAGUAUGUUAUCAAGACAUCUACAUAGCCUUAAUUCUUUGUGAAAUCAAUUUUAAAAAAUCUACUGUCCCCUUAGAGACCCUAUGAUACGGUGAUCAACAAUCCUCCCGAACCCGCUGUUUGCGAAGGAGGUUUAACUUCAAAAACAAGGUCUGGAUAUUUCUCUUAAGCUUUGCAUCUGAAAAAAAACCCACCUAUAAGAGAAACUGGGAAAAGUAAAAUGCUUACUGGAAAAUAUAGAAAUAACCCAUCGCCCCACAAAAACACUGUCCUAUCUUAAAAAAUCAAGUUCUGAAACAUAAUAAUUUAAAAACUGUCCUUAAAUUCCAGUUCUCUGGGAGAAAAACAUACUAGUUCUAUCUCAUGUAGAAUUUACACCCAAAUAAGCUUGUAAACAUUGCAUAUGGAUUUAGGCAAAGCUCUGUAUCUUUUCACACUGCUAUUAUUUUUCCUGGAACACUAAUAAAUGUUUUGAAUAAGUCUU